UGUCAGCUGUCAAACAGUGAAGGCUGUGUUCGGCAAUACAUUUGGCAAGAGAUGCGUGACAGGCCAGUACGAGUUUCGUUUACAGUGUUCAUCACUGAGUACAGUAUGUAAUAAAUAAGCUCUGAUCAAUGAAAGAGGUGGUUCCAUCGCCAAAGAGUCCGGAAAGGAGCACAGAUCCAUGUUAUUGUGAAUUAAUCAGGCAAGAUGGGUCGGUGGCUGCAGCUGCUGGAAACCGGUACAAACGAGCCAGCCUCGGACGAAAACCAGUACUUUGUUCCAACAGAAGUACUUCAGCAUAUAGACAUGGGGAAGUUUCGGAGAGGCCAGAUGUUCUUUCAGAGAAAUCUUUUUCAGUGCAUCAUUGCGAUGCUUACUUCAUUAGUUGCAGGCCUAAGUGUGAAAAAUUUGUUAGACGUUUUAGUAGCGACGGAAAAGUCGUCAACUGCAAGAACUUCAUUUUUUCGGUAUUUGCACACUUUUCACCAUUUAUUGAAAUGGCAUUACGGAAAUGUGUUUGACACGGCUUCGUCAGCUGGCGUGUCUAUCCAGAAAGUUAGGGAAAUGCACUGUUCUGCUCGAAAACUCAUGCAUUCUCUGGACAAAGCACCAUCGAAAUUGUGCGCAGACGUGUUCUGUUGUCAUGGAAACAUGUACGUAUCCCAAUACGACAUGGCAGUGGUACAGAGCGGUUUCUUCGGUGCAGUGAUCAUGCACCCAAGAGAAAUGGGCAUAAAUUGCAGCGUCGCGGAACUGGACGAUUAUGUUUACUUCUGGAGAUGGAUUGGUUAUCUACUGGGAUUAAGAGACAAAUAUAAUAUUUGUAUCGGGGGAUAUCAAAACGCUUAUGAUAUUUGUAAGGAAAUAGAACAAGAAAUUAUUAUUCCUGCGUUAGAUAAUCCUCCUCGACACUUUAAUGAGAUGGCACAAGCCUUCACUGACGGGUUAAACUUGUUUGCAAUGGUUCCAUUGUAUUCGACACCCAGUGUAUUAGGUCGAGGUUAUGACAUGAUCAAUAGGAAAGCACCUUUCAAGCUGUCAUUUAAGGAUAAAUGCAGAAAAGCAGUAUUAUCAUUAUUAGUCAGUGCAGUAUUUUAUGUACCUGUUUUCUCAAAAUUGUGUAACUGGUCGAUAGAAAAGGCGUUUGCAUGUCAUAGAAUUACAUGAUAUUAGUCAUGAAAACAUUUGUUGUUGAAUAAAUUCUUAGAU